UUAGCAUCGUACGCAACGGAGAGGCAGUUUAUGAAAAGGCCAGCUGUUUGGUUAGUUAUUUUUGGCAACUGCUCCGCCACUUUGAUUUCCCAGUGUUCCCCCGACUCCUUCGUCUUUUUCCUAAUUAAUAAUUCAAUAAAAAGAAGGCCACUUCGGUAAUUUCGCAUACUCUGCCACCUCCAACCAAAUUCGUCUCUGGCACUCUGCAUGGCGUUGUAGUGGCAGUGGCAGUCCAGUGUGGGUUCCUUCACCAAUAUUAUGCUGACAUUCUCUGCCUUUUUCCUCUUCCCUGUCCUUCUCCUUCCCCACCAAGCCUCCGUUUCAAUUCUCAUGUCCUUGUUUUGUUUGUUAAACAAACCAAUCAAGGUAUUUAUUAUGCUAUUCCAUACAUAACCUGCACCGAUGUCUCCCAAUCUUCUUUCUCCUUCGCUUCUUCCCAUGGCUUCCUCUUUCCUUCCCCUCACUGUACUCACCAUCUUGUCCAUGCCGCUUCUCUCUCACCAGCAACCUCCUCUCCUCUCGGCUGAGCGUGACUCGCUUUUCCACGUCCUUUACUCUAUCAACUCUGAUAUUCCAUGGCGUUCCCUCUUCGCCGAUGAUGACGACGACCUUUGUGUCUCGGCCCCUCACGGCGUUGUUUGCGGCUAUCCCUCUCAAUCCAAUGAAGCGGCACGCAUUGUGGAGCUCAGUUUUGGGUAUGUUUCCGACGAAGCCCCGAACCCUCCUUGUUCCGCCAACGCAACCCUCGACCCUCUUCUCUUCACCUCUUUCAAAUACCUCCGCAAGCUCUUCUUCUAUCGAUGCUUCAACGAGUCUCUGGUUUCCGUUCCCGACGUUUCGCCUAGUUUCUCUUCCAUUCUGGAGGAGCUUGUGUUUAUCGAGAACCCAUCUCUGGUUGGGCCUUUCAGUGGCGUUCUCGGAAACUUCACGAGUCUGAGGAGGUUGGUUUUGUCCGGAAAUGGGGUUGACGGUGAACUUCCACAAGAAAUAGGUGAGUUGGUCAAUUUGGAAGAGAUAACUCUGUCAAGAAAUCGUCUUGCUGGUGAUGUUCCUGGAAGUUUGGCUACUUUGAAAAAACUGAAGAUUCUUGACCUGAGUCAAAAUGGGUUUGAAGGGUAUGUCCCUGAAUCUCUGGGUAAUCUCACGGAGCUUCUUAAGCUUGACCUGAGCUUCAACAGAUUCAUUGGUGAAAUCCCAGAAAGUUUCAGAAAUUUGCAGGGUCUUGAGUUCUUGGACCUCCGCUACAACCAGUUUGGCAAAUUUGGAGUUCCUCAGUUCAUUGGGGAGAUUCCCAGAUUGAGGGAGAUAUACUUGAGCGGGAAUUUACUAGGUGGGAAAAUUCCAGAAAUAUGGGAAAACCUUGGAGGUGUAACAAGAAUAGGAUUUUCCGAUAUGGGUUUAACUGGUAAUAUCCCUGCCUCUAUUGGUAUUUAUCUCAGAAAUCUGUCUUAUCUCGGGCUUGAUAACAACAAUCUAGAAGGACCUGUACCAGAGGAAUUGGUGUUUCUGGAGUUUGCAGAUGAGAUCAACAUGGAGAACAACAACCUGAGCGGUAGAGUGCCAUUUUCAACGAAACUGUUUGGAAAACUAAAGUUGAGAGGAAACAGAGGACUCUGUGUGGACCACCAAUUGAGCUUGCAUGCUGAAAACAAGGGCUAUUCGGGGCAGCUAAGGCUCUGUAACGAGCCAGAAAUUCCUAAUGCUGUCCUUUUCAACGGGAUCUCUUCCCUGCUUUUUGAUCUUCAAGUGUGGUUCAUGUCUCUGGGUAUUAUGUUUGUCUUUACUUUAUUAUAGAAGCUGUUCGUACACAUGCAGCAUUAGGCUUCUAGCCUGAUUAAAGCAGAGCAAGUGGUUUUUUUUCCCAUUUAGUUUUGUUGAGAUCAGAGAGAUAACAAGACCAUAUUACACAGUAGGAAAGCUUUCUGAAAAAGCAAAAGUGAUG